AUGACUAGAGUGUUUACGGUUCUUGGGAAUACUUUGUGGGAGUUUAAUGAUCAGCCCACGGAUGGAAAUGGGAAGAAGUUGAGACCGUUGAGUAUGUUUCUUUUCAUUGCUGUUUUUUGAUGUGUAAUUGCUGAUGAUGUGUUAAUAGAGACCAAGAAGAGAGAUCGUGGUGAGUAUGGUAAGUAUUCCCAAAGUCAGAUUUUGUGUAUGGUUAAGGCUAAUCAUCAUCGAUAGGAACUGCUGCUCGCAAGAACGAUGACGAUGACGAUGACGAUGAGGAAGAUGAAGAGGAUGAGAGAAAAAAGAGGAAAGAGGCUGCUGUGAAAAGGGAAUGGGUGGUGGCAGAGCUGCCGGUGUCGUUCGAAGCGAUGCAUUUGGUGGACGAGAUGGGGAGGAGGGACAGGGACAGAGACGAACUUUUGAGUACGAGGAGAGAAUGGAGUAGAGGGAGGCGAGGGAGGGCAUAUGACACAUGGAACGGGGCUUCGAUUGAGAAAGAGGAGUUUGAGGCUGCACAAAUUCUGUUGCAGAUGAGUCAAGGAGAAUGA